UACACCUGUCGAAAAGCCUUAGCGUGACUCCGAAAAUAUUUUAGGGGUUAUUUGAGGAAAGCAAACGGGCGGUCGAAAAGAAGAAGGGGACCUUCAAAAUCGGCAGUUUCAUCGUGGAUGAAUUCGGGAAAGACAUGAAGACUCAUCUUCCGGUUGUACUGCUGACCAUUGUCGUGCACAUCAAGAAAGUCCCUUCGCUGGAAUGCUACACUUGCAAUCAGACAAGCUACUCGGGGUGCACAAGGAUUAAAAAUUGUUCUCAACAUGAGGUUUUCUGCACAAGAUACACAGCUACCUCUUUGUCUGGAUUCCUGCUUCAAAAAGGUUGUGCAGUCAAAUGCCCCAUCUCCAAAACCACCUGGCCGUCGCUCUAUACCUUAACCUGCUGCCAGGAAGACAGGUGCAACCAUGUGAGAGCUGUAAGGUGCUCCAAAUCUCUGUUGGCAGUGACUCUUGUUUUUGGAGCCUUGGUUGAUCUGGAACUCUGA